CCAUGGAGUUUCAGUUUCUUCAGAAGUCUAUUGAUUUUUGAACCCUUGAUAGAUUCUCUUCGCGCGCGAACUCAUACCCAGAUCGAGCAAUCAGUUUCUGCAUUCCUGAGGAAAAGAUCGAUUAUGGUACAAUCCUUUGAUCUACAAAGCUUCAUUCUUCGUGCUCGAGUGCUGAAGCUUUACAGGCAAGCAUUGAGGAUUUCUCGGAGAGCUCCUAUUCAUGCCAGAGCGGAUCUAAAGCAGACGAUCAGGGAAGAGAUGGAGAAGAAUCGAGGAUGUGAUGACAAGCAAAAGAUAAGGUACCUAAUCAGCGAAGGAUUAGAGAGAGUUAAAGGACUCGAUGAAAUGCUCGACUUGCAAGGCCAUUAAACUUCACAAUGCUUGGUUGUCUGUAAGGAGAUCUAAGACAGAUAGCUCAAGGACAAGGUAACUUAUGUAGAUGGAACUUGACUUAGGAAGAAUCGGGUAUGUGUUUCUCGGGGAAAGCAAUGAGAUUUUGUCUAGUUUAUGACAAAUCUGAGUAAGAGGGUAGGAUACAGCUUGAAGAAAUCGUCUCUGAAUACCGAAAAGCUCGAAAAGAUUGUUUCUUUUGAUGUUUGGAUAGGUGGAUUAUCCGCAGAUAGCUCAAGGACAAGGUAACUUCUCUCGA